GAGAACACUGACGCUGGCGGGGCGGACGAGGACCACGAAGAUGAGCAACGCCCAGUCAAGCGCAUGAAGCCUAGUGGCCCGGAUUCAUCAGCGAAGAAGGCGGUGCAGACAAAGCCCGUGGUGGAGAGACGCACGACGCUUGGAGUGAAGCCAAAGGGCACAAAGACAGUAUCGGCUGCGGCGGCUGGUGCAGCUGGUGCGAUUAAGAAGCGCGUCAGUACGACCAUCAGCCAGGCGAGGUUGAACGCUCUUUCGCAGCCGAAGAAGAGGGGUUGAUUGAUGGUACAAUGAGGUUGGUUUGUCGUCAGAAUGAAGUUGAAAGGGCUCAGGAUGAAUGAUGUACGAUACGGGGACAGAAUGACUCUGUAUGCGAUGACGGCGUUAUGGAAGAAAAGGCUGGUAUCAGGGCCGGGUUCAACCUGGGGGUUGUUUACGGCAGUAUCAUAACGGCUCGGCAUUUCGUAUAGCGCUGAUUUGGCCGGAUUGGAGCUCAGCGGUCAUGAUCAGGAAAUGGGCGUUGAAGGAUGC